AGGCUGGACAUGGAAAGAAAAAACUGCAUACAUCUUUUCCUGCUCCUUUUUCACCCCCGGUAGAACUGCCUGAAUGUAACACAAGUCCUGAAGAAGAGUCUAGUGCCGAACCCUCGCCGGUUCGGUUAUCCGCCAUCGAUACUUCAUUGCCAAGGCCCCGGCUUUUCCGCUCGGACCGUUGGCAGAGUCUCAGGGCAUCAUCAUCUCCAAAGCAGAUGCCGGUAGAUCUACCUGUACCUAGCCUUUCCUCUCCGAACCUUGACUGCGUUUCGGGUGGGUCGUCGACGUCCCCCGGCCAAGUGGCGCCUUUGGGUCCCGAACAACAACAACAACAAAAAGUAGACGACUCUCCCCCUCCGCCUACGGCACCUCGCAUCGGCUGUACAUCCCAUCCCUUCGUAUCACCACCACCUAUGUUGGUAAUACCAUUCUCUCCCAGAUUUCAUCAACCAGGUUCGCGGUUGAACCCACAGUCUACAAUUCCAAUUCCGCUGUUAGUGAUGACGCCUGCAAACACGCCCGGCGCGACGGAGGAAGACGAAAAACUCGAUGACUAUUUUCCUUCCAUCACACUGCCUUCAUUUGGGAAGGCGCCGCUCGGCCACGGACACCGACGACUUUGCCGUCGCAAAUCGUCUAUUUCUUCAACUGUGCUUCUUCGUCUACGCGGUCAUCGAUUGUCUCUGGCUAGUAGGAGCCAUCUGAUGCCUUUUGGAUCUGUUCCUGCGGACGACCCUCCUGUCCCUCCGAACCUCAAAAAUUCGCCGUAUUUACGCAGUCCACUUCUUUCAUCGUCGUCAUCGUCGUCAGGCCCCAAGUUCGGUAACUUCCCUCCCGGUGGCAGCCUUACACCCAACAGCUCCAUGGUAUCCAGUGCCGGCUCCAUCGCCAGUUCGGGAUCCUCGACGAUGCUAUCGCCGUUGUCAAGUCCUGCUCGUCGGGCGAGGAAUGUUUAGUGGCUGGCACUUUACCUUCCUCCGGUGGAAAAAUGCAAGUGCUAAUGAGGGGGUCCUGUGCGACCAAGUGCCGAAGCACUGCUUGAUGGAUGAGGAAAUCUGAAGGGGAAGAUUCUGCACUGGAUGUUGAAGGCAAAUAGAGGUGUUCAUGCACUGUCACUUUUGGCUCAAAUCUGUUGACUUGUGUGUCACUACUUGUUUUUCUUUUUUUUUUCGGUAUUUAAGCGGAUCGCAUCGACUUUUUUUAAUGGUCGUUCAUCAAUG